AUGUCUUCAAACUCCGAAAUCCCCUUGGCUUGUCAAAGCAAAGCACCUCUAACCCAGAGAUCUCGAUCUCCAACCGACAAAAGCAUCAUCCUAAAUUCUCAUGUAAACUAUCUUUCGAUAACUAGAACUUGCAUCUCCGAGAGGACGACACCAUCGAUCCCCUUUCUAAACACACGCCCGGUCGAACUCUCAGCUGCCUGCCAAUUACCUCCAGAUGACAGUCCAAUACGCUCUCCCCUGCUACUGAGCGAUGGUCCCACAACUCAAAUUACACGAACUGCAUCGCAAUUAGAUAACCUAUCAAUAAACGACACAGGUUCCGGUUCUUCAGGAGGAUCCCUCUAUUCUCCAGAGACAGGUCAAAGUCCGCUCAGUAUAAGCAGCAGCGGGCAUCUUACACCGCCCUCAUUCCAGACCGACGAUGGAAAUCCUCCCUCCCGAUCCCGCAGAAAGAACUCUUUUAGCUUAUCAAUGGUGCCGAUACCCAAGAGUGCAAAGACAAUGGGACAUGGGAGGGUGCUUCACUCCACGAAACGAGGACACAGAAGCGCAAAAUCCCGUUCAUACGAAUAUCGCCCUCGUUUGUACGUUCCUGGAUGUCCAGUCGCCCCAACAGCCUUGAAAGGUCAAAAGGAGCUCUGCAGGGCUUGCAGGGGGCACACUGGUACAUUUAGGACAAGACAAUUUAGUCGAGGAAAAGCCAAGAUGUAUAGACGAAUGAUGCUCCCAGUCGUCUCGAGAAGAUGGAGUUCCGUGGAGAGUGGCACACAUCAAAUAUGCCUUACAUCAACUUUGCUAGCAAGAUCUGCCGCGUCGGAACCUAUGAGUCCUAACCUAAGCCAGCGCUCUCGAAGCUCAACCUUCACACGCGGUUCCUUAGAUCACAAUAUUGCCCCCACCAUUCAAGAAAAGCUGGCGCUCCGCAAGGUAGGUCCCAAACCUCUGCGAACUCCUACGAUAACUACAUUGCAUCGAGCAAGUGAAGGAAAUGGGGAUUCAGAGGCCAGCAAUAUCGCCGAUACUAUGGCAUCCACAAAUGGUCCCCACAUAGGUUCGGCAUGUUCAAGAAGUCAAGCACAUGAUAGGUGCCCCUCUGAGUGCCCAGUCACCAGAAAAGGCAUCGAUUCUAUCACUGAACCAACUGGAACAAAUAUGGAACGGAACUCUCGACCUCACAAAUGUCUCGGUGCUCAUUUCUCAAUUAAUAUUUCUUCGACGGCGAAAGUAACGCGAGCGCUUACUUUCACCAGGAAAGGCCUCGUUCCCAAGACAGCAUCACCCGUUAAAACUACUAUCACGGUCGCUGAAGUCCAGACGACUACUGCAACACGGAAAUACUACGUGAACGAUCUUCAAGUUGUGUCAACUGCUGAGAGAAGUGCAAAAGCCUUAUCACUAGCUCCCUGCGAGAGUACUGCACAUGAGGUUAUCUGGAAGCCAGGAGAUCCUCCACAAAGUACAACCUACAUGAUAGAAGAAGGCAAGGCUUUGAAUAAUUCAUCUUCAAGCACAAAUUCGGAGACAGCGCCUGGAAAGCCACUGUUCGAAUCACCAGAAAGUGGCAAAGAAGACGGACUUGAUUCGAAGAACGAAACAGCUUCGAUACACCGGUGGUCCUGGAUAGUCCCAUCCGGACCUCCAUAUUCCGGAAUUCCCCCAAAAGCCAGGCUACUGCCUCGUGUUAAAUCUGGAGUUUACGUACAUGAGCUAAUAGAUGUGGUUUCCAGAAAGCCAGCUGCGGAUUGGUAUUCUCCGCUUCUAGAUAGUUCAGCAUUUGACCCACACCUCACCUCGACAUUAUUUCAUGAUGCUGAAAUCGAUGCUUCUAGGGCUACAGUAAGCCAUCCUAUCAAGAACCAAGAUACCCAGUGGUCGCAUCACGCCUCGGAGGGAACCUCUCCAUCCUUAGAACAGACAAAUGCAAAACAAGAGACUCUUCACAAGAGUGUUGUCAAGGCACAUCCGAAUGCUUUACCUCGCGUUGGAUCCACUUCUUCCUCUGGGUCUUCACUCGGUAUUAGUUCCGGUGAACGAAAGAAGACUUCGAAGUUUUCCGCCAAACAUGUGAAGACAAUUGAUGACGAGCAAAACCGCGAGCGUGCAGGAGCUCACUGUGUCCUUCCCUAA